CCAGCCCGCCCGGGGCGGUGGCGCAGAGCCGGCCGGCGCACGAGGCAGCCACCGCGGCCAUGACGGUGGAGAAGGCGCUGCCCUUGGGCGGGGGAAAGGCGGCCGAGGAGGCGCGGGAGCCCGAGGUGCCCGGCGGAGGCAGGAGCGCGGCGCCCGCGCGCGAGCCGCAUGCCAAGCGCGACAAGGCGGUCCACGAGCGCGGCCACUGGAACAACAAGGUGGAGUUCGUGCUGAGCGUGGCCGGUGAGAUCAUCGGUCUGGGCAACGUGUGGCGCUUCCCCUACCUGUGCUACAAGAACGGUGGAGGGGCGUUCCUGAUUCCCUAUGUGGUGUUUUUUAUUUGCUGUGGGAUACCUGUGUUUUUCCUGGAGACCGCUCUGGGACAGUUCACGAGUGAAGGUGGCAUUACGUGUUGGAGGAAAAUCUGCCCCUUAUUUGAAGGUAUUGGCUAUGCAACACAGGUGAUUGAGGCCCACCUGAAUGUGUACUACAUCAUCAUCCUUGCGUGGGCCAUCUUCUACCUGACCAACUGCUUCACCACCGAGCUCCCCUGGGCCACGUGUGGACAUGAGUGGAACACAGAGCACUGUGUGGAGUUCCAGAAGCUGAAUGUCAGCAAUUCCAGCCACGUGUCCCUGCAGAAUGCUACCUCUCCAGUCAUGGAGUUUUGGGAACGCAGGGUCCUGGCCAUCUCAGAUGGGAUUGAGCACAUCGGGAAUCUCCGAGGAGAGCUGGCCUUGUGUCUCCUGGCAGCCUGGACCAUCUGCUACUUUUGUAUUUGGAAGGGGACCAAGUCUACUGGAAAGGUAGUCUAUGUCACCGCCACUUUUCCCUACAUCAUGCUUCUGAUUCUCCUCAUCCGAGGGAUAACAUUGCCCGGGGCCUCAGAAGGCAUCAAGUUCUACCUGUACCCUGACCUGACCCGACUCUCUGACCCACAGGUGUGGGUAGAUGCUGGUACGCAGAUCUUUUUCUCCUAUGCUAUCUGCCUGGGCUGUCUAACUGCUCUGGGGAGUUACAACAAUUAUAACAACAACUGCUACAGGGACUGCAUCAUGCUGUGCUGUCUCAACAGUGGCACCAGCUUCGUGGCCGGCUUUGCCAUCUUCUCCGUCCUCGGCUUUAUGGCAUAUGAACAGGGCGUACCCAUUGCCGAGGUGGCAGAGUCAGGCCCUGGUCUGGCCUUCAUUGCCUAUCCCAAGGCUGUCACCAUGAUGCCGCUCUCUCCUCUGUGGGCCACCUUGUUCUUCAUGAUGCUCAUCUUCCUGGGUCUGGACAGCCAGUUUGUGUGUGUGGAAAGCCUGGUGACUGCUGUGGUGGACAUGUACCCCAAGGUGUUCCGGAGGGGCUACCGGCGGGAAAUGCUCAUUCUGGCCCUGUCCAUCAUCUCCUACGUCCUUGGACUCAUAAUGCUGACAGAGGGUGGAAUGUAUAUCUUCCAGCUAUUUGACUCCUAUGCGGCCAGUGGCAUGUGUCUCCUCUUCGUGGCCAUCUUCGAAUGUGUGUGCAUCGGCUGGGUGUACGGAAGCAACAGGUUCUAUGAUAACAUUGAAGACAUGAUUGGCUACCGGCCAUUAUCCCUCAUUAAAUGGUGCUGGAAAGUGGUGACGCCUGGGAUCUGUGCGGGCAUCUUCAUCUUCUUCCUGGUCAAGUACAAGCCACUCAAGUACAACAACAUCUAUACCUACCCAGCCUGGGGCUAUGGCAUUGGCUGGCUCAUGGCACUGUCCUCCAUGUUCUGUAUUCCGCUCUGGAUCUUCAUUAAGCUGUGGAAGACUGAGGGGACGCUGCCUGAGAAACUCAGGAAGUUGACAAUCCCCAGCGCAGAUCUGAAAAUGCGAGGCAAGCUUGGAGAACGUGCAAGGACGGUGCUGGCUAAUGACUGUGACGCCAAGCUCAAGGGCGACGGGGCCAUCACAGCCAUCACAGAGAAGGAGACGCACUUCUGAGCCUCC